AUGGAUCUUGGACUAGGUCUCCAAGGCGAUGUAGUGGUGGUAACAGGUGCAGGAGGGCAGAUAGGCCAGGUCAUCGUCGAGGCAUUUCUUAGCGCUGGCUGUUUCGUUGGGGGCUUCGAUAUUGACAAGUCCAAGUUUGUGAAGCAACACCAGAACCUCUUCUGGAUUGCUGUCGAUACCACCGAUGAGGAGGGCAUGAGUGCCGCAUGGAUGAGCGUCGAGGAACGGUUCAAAGCGACUCCUACACUCUGUGUCUGCGCAGCCGCAGUUGAUCUCAGCUUCAUUGAGCAUCAUUCAUCUAUAACGAAGAUGUCGACUAGCCAAUUUCGCAGAACUCUUGAUGUAAAUACAACCGGAACAUUUAUAACGGCAAAGUUAUGGCUCCAACACGUGGAGAACAUGGUUAAAAAAAGCAGCACCAAAACGAACGGCGUGAAUGGCUCGCAUUCGUCAGCAACAAUACCACCGGAGGGAGAAAAAAAGAAUAUCUCGUUGAUAAUUAUCGGCUCAGAGGCUGGAGAUUUUGGAGUCGCCGGCAACCCAGACUACGCAGCAAGUAAAGCUGCAGUGCAAUUCGGUCUCGUCCUAUCCCUAGCACCAGACGCUGCACGCAUCCACCCAUCGGCAAGAGUCAAUUCUAUUUCCCCUGGAGCUGUUGACACCAAGAGAUUCAGUACAGAGUGCGAAGAGGACAGCUCUGGUGCGCUCCGGUGGAUUGAGUCCGAGGCGACGGUCGCUCAGAAGAAGGCGGUAGAUGUCGAGGGUAUUGCCAAGAUGUGUCUUGUGCUGGCGAGUGAGAAGUGGUCUCCUUCAGUUACUGGUCAGAAUGUGAGGCUGAACGGCGGGAAGAGUGGAAGGCUUUUCUGGAACCAGAAUGGUGAUGCCUUGUGGUGA